AGCAAUCCCUUUUCUACUGUCCGCCAUUGCUGCAUUUAUUUAGUCUCGGUAGAUUUGUUGUAUCUUGAUGUUAAUGGCAGUUUCUAAGAUCUCUGCAACUUGUUGGUCAUUUCCAGGGCUGCGAUGCUUCGAUUUUGCUCGAUGACAGCAAUGGGAACGCGAGCCGUUCCAUUGAGAAGGACGCCAUUCCCAACAGAAGCUUGGAAGGCUUCGACGUGAUCGAAAUGAUCAAGGAAGAGCUUGAGGCGCGCUUGUCCAGGCGUCGUUUCAUGUGCCGAUACUCUCCCCCUCGCCACCAGAGACAGCAUUGUUUUGGCCGGCGGCUCGUUCUAUCCCGUAUUCACAAUACGGGAAGAAGGGACAGCACCGAAUCGUAUUACUCGGAAGCCAUGGCCGAGAUUCCCAGUCCGUAUAACAACAGCACUCAAACUCUCGACUUCUUCGCUCGCAGAGGCUUUGAUGCGAAAGAAAGAAACCAUUGCUCUUCUUGGGACUUUGCUAGAACCAUAGUGAAGAUGUCCAACCUCGAUGUCCUGACUGGAGCUCAAGGAUUCUCAGUUUCGGCUUCAACCCUGUCCAUAGUAAGCUUUUCAUGCUGUGAAUGUGAUAUCUCCUUGUAUUUCUGCCUUGGGGCUCACUGUCGUGAAGACUCAACUUCUACUUCUGUAAUACACGAUUUAGACCUCUCAACUCAUAAAUACAGCUGGUCAGGAAAAGCCAGGGAAUGUAGUUUCAAGAACACUUUCUCCACCGAAGCCAAGUUUAUCCCAAACCCAUAACUCUGUCCUCCAUACUGCACAUAGAGAUAAUCCUUGGGUUUCUCCGGUGGGGGCAAUAGCCGAGACAACUGCGGAAAAUCUGAUCCAGGCGGAGGAAUAACUUCUCCU